GCCUGCCUGCCCUCUCUCCCUCCCUCCCUCUUGUGAAAUGUGAAGUGACUACCAUUUUUUCCUUCUGGAGCGAGCGAGAGCGAGGUCUCGAUCGAUUUCAUGGCGCUGGAGGCAGUGGUGUUCUCUGAGGGACUCUUUGGCUGCUGGACCAUGGCGGCUCCGGCAGAAAAUAUUGCCGCCGCGGCGGAGAUACCGUCGCCGCUCCCGCUGCCAGCAGCCGCCAGGCGGAAGCGGCGGCGGACGAGGAACGCCAAGAACAGGCAGGAGGUGGAGAGCCAGCGGAUGACCCACAUCGCCGUCGAGCGCAACCGCCGCAAGCAGAUGAACGAGUACCUCGCCGUGCUCCGCUCCCUCAUGCCGCCGUCCUACGCGCAAAGGGGCGACCAGGCGUCCAUAAUUGGCGGCGCCAUCAACUACGCCAAGGAGCUGGAGCAGCUGCUGCAGUCCCUCGAGGCGCGGAAACGACACGACGGCUUACACGCCGCGGCGGCGCCCUUGGCUGCCUUCCACUACAUGUUCUUCACCUUCCCACAGUACGCGAUGAGAGCCGCGAACACGACGCUCCGACCGGUGGAAGACGCGGAACACGCCGCCGCUGCUUCGGGAUCAUCCAGGCCGUCCGCCGUGGCGGACAUCGAGGUGACCAUGGUGGAGAGCCACGCCAACCUCAAGGUGCUGUCCCGGCGGCGACCGAGGCAGGUGCUGCGCAUGGUGGCCGGGCUGCAGGGCCACCGCCUCGCCGUGCUGCACCUCAACGUCACCAGCGCCGGACCGAUGGCGCUCUACUCUCUCAGCCUCAAGGUAAGGUACUCCUGCUAG